CACUUGAGCCCCGAAGGGAGAGUUUGGAAGGUCCAAAAGGAGGGAGUUUCAUCAUAGAAACACCUGGGCUUUCAUCAUCUGGGAUAUUGUUAGCACGAAAUCGUCAUGUUGGAGCGUUGGCCGGCGUGGUAGCACUCACUUUGUUUUGAAUGGAAGGGAUGAAGAAGAAAAGAAAAGUUUCGAAAUCUUCCUGGCUGCAAAUUAUUUUUGAGGGUCGCUGCUCGAGCCGCGGACCCACUCCGAGUUUUGCUCGGGCCAAACAUCGGCCGAGUUAAAGUGGAUAUGUUGAGGAACAGGGGGACGACAUCGGGCAAGCUUCAUUCUCAUCGUGACUUCCUGAUUCUUCAGUUGUGAACAUGACUUGCCUGAUGUGAGCAAAUCCCGAACCUGAGUUGAACUCAAAAAUAAUGGCGUCGCUCCAGGUCCCGAUGAGGGGACUUCGGGCCCUCGGGAAACGGGAUUUGAGAUGUUUAUGUUUGCGAGGCCCUUUCCGCCCACGGUUUGUUUACAUCAACAGGUCACAAACUUGGAGACAUUUUACACAAAGUACUGCUCAUUCUCGGGCUGCUGAAACUACGGGCAUCGAUCGAACAGCAGUCGGUCACCAACUCCGGGAGGAAUGGGCCAGAUACAACGAAUUCCCGAAACCGUGUGGGGCAGAGGAUUUCAAGGAGGGACAGACUGUCACAGUCCACGGCUUCCUCGCCAGGAAACGAAUAAAAUCGUCAAAACUCGCAUUUGCAGACAUCCAGAUCGACAAUGGUCCCGCUGUUCAGAUCACUUCCAGUUUCCAAGAACCGGACAGUCCAGCGCACGCCGUUAACCAAGACCUCAGGGGUAUACCCCUUUACAGCCCAGUCUCCGUGACAGGUACUGUUGCCCGGCUCCACGCCAACACACAACCCGAGGACGCCUCUCCGGAUACGCCCAAGGUGAAUGGCAAGACACAAUCACCAACAGGGUCAUCAAGACCUGGCAGUUUUCCAGACCAAGUCUUCCGUAUUGAUCUUGAUCUGGCGAGCAUCCAGCCCCUAAACGUCUUCCCCAAGGAUAUCAUUGUCUCCAAGGGCGUCCAAUUCCCGCCCUCAUCUCGGCAUCUGCAGAUUCGGUUUUCCGACCCCCUACGUACCCGGUUACUUGUUCGCCCGCAAAUAGCGUUCGAGUUGAGGAAAUCUCUCAACGAGCUCGCCUUCACCGAAGUUGAGACCCCCGUUCUCUUCAAGUCCACGCCUGAGGGGGCGAGAGAGUUUUUGGUCCCAACCAGGCGCCCGGGUUUGGCGUAUGCUCUGCCACAAAGCCCCCAGCAAUACAAGCAGAUGCUCAUGGCCAGCGGUAUCCGGGGAUAUUACCAAUUUGCUCGCUGCUUCCGAGACGAAGAUCUGCGAGCAGAUAGGCAACCAGAGUUCACACAGCUGGAUUUAGAAAUGUCGUUUGCCACGGGCGAGGAUGUCAUGCGGACGGUUGAGUCCAUUGUUUCAGACCUGGCUGUCUCCCUGAACUCCAACUUCUCUGUCGUGGAUACUGGUGAAGAGGUGUAUCUCGCGCCGAGAAAGAGUCUAAAGGCAGCAAAUCAAGAAGAAUCUGGCACAGGCUCGCGUUACUUGAUGCCGCCAUUCCCUCGUAUGUCGUAUGAGGAGGCUAUGACGAGGUUUGGCAUCGACAAACCGGAUUUGCGGAUCCCGUUCGAGCUAAAUCGUGUCGACCAUAUUCUACCGCGAUCAUUUGUAUCCAUGAUCACUCACAUUGAAAACCCGGUUGUGGAAGCAUUCAGGUUCCGUCCCAAUCCUAGUGAAGGAAAUCAAGUCCCGACGUCAAGCUUCGUUGACGAAUUGAUGAAGUCGCCCCCCCCGGCCCUCUCCCAGAAUCCGGACGGUGCGCCGGUCGCACUCAUGGUCGACUCAUCAAAACCACUCCGUGGCCUUUCGCCCCUAGGCUUUGAGGGCGCCGAUGCUUUGGAGAGCGGCGGGGUGCCCGGCUUCUCCGACUUCGAAGACGGCGAUGUACUAGUUUUCCAAGCCCGCGAAGACAAGCCAUUCCAAGGGGGUGCAACCGCCCUAGGCACAUUCAGGUCUCUCGUAUACCAGGCAGCCGUCUCCAAGGGUUUGCUUCCCCGAGACCUGAGUUUCCAAUUCCUCUGGGUCAACAACUUCCCCAUGUUCACGCCAGACAACGAGACAGACCCGGGCCAGGGCGGAGACGCCGGCUUCUCAGCGACACAUCACCCAUUCACCGCGCCGCUAACGAACGAAGACGUCGAGCUGCUGGCGACAGACCCCUUGAAGGCGAGGGCGGACCACUACGACCUGGUCGUCAACGGCGUCGAGCUGGGCGGCGGCAGCCGACGUAUCCAUGUGGCCAAGAUGCAGGAGUACAUCAUGAGGGAGAUCCUCAAAAUGACCGACGCUGGGGUGGCUCAGUUCUCCCAUCUUCUCGAGGCUCUCCGAGCCGGCUGCCCUCCGCACGCAGGCUUCGCCCUCGGGUUUGACCGUCUCGUCGCCGUGCUUACCUAUACCGACUCGGUCCGGGACGUUAUCGCCUUCCCCAAGUCCAUGAAGGGCGAAGACCUUACCGUCAAGAGCCCCGGGCGGAUCACCAAGGAGCAGCUCGAGACUUACCACCUUGCGUUUCCUAGCAAGAAAUGAUGGUGGGAGUCUCGGCGACGUCACGGUGUAUUUUUAUUUGUGCGAGGAAUCCUGUAUAUCAUCAUGAAAACUUUCUGUUAUACUAGAUCGU